GGCACUAGCCGCGGACCGGGCAGGCAGUUCCUUCCUUGCAGGGAGAGAUUCCUCUGCCAUGGAGUCCUACGAUGUUAUCGCCAACCAGCCUGUUGUGAUCGACAACGGAUCCGGUGUGAUUAAAGCUGGUUUUGCUGGUGACCAGAUCCCCAAAUACUGCUUUCCAAACUAUGUGGGCAGACCCAAGCACGUUCGCGUUAUGGCAGGAGCCCUCGAAGGUGACAUCUUCAUUGGCCCCAAAGCUGAGGAGCAUCGAGGGCUGCUCUCCAUCCGGUACCCUAUGGAGCACGGCAUUGUCAAGGACUGGAACGACAUGGAGCGCAUCUGGCAAUAUGUCUAUUCUAAGGACCAGCUGCAGACUUUCUCAGAGGAGCAUCCUGUGCUCCUGACAGAGGCGCCUUUAAACCCGCGGAAAAACCGAGAACGAGCUGCUGAAGUUUUCUUUGAGACCUUCAAUGUGCCAGCCCUUUUCAUCUCCAUGCAAGCUGUGCUCAGCCUUUAUGCCACAGGUAGGACCACGGGUGUGGUGCUGGAUUCUGGGGAUGGUGUCACCCAUGCUGUGCCCAUUUACGAGGGCUUUGCUAUGCCUCACUCAAUCAUGCGCAUCGACAUCGCUGGCCGAGACGUCUCUCGCUUCCUUCGCCUUUAUCUGCGUAAAGAGGGCUAUGAUUUCCACUCAUCCUCGGAGUUUGAGAUUGUCAAGGCCAUAAAAGAAAGAGCCUGCUACCUAUCCAUAAACCCUCAGAAGGAUGAGACACUAGAGACGGAGAAGGCUCAGUACUACCUGCCCGACGGCAGCACCAUUGAGAUUGGUCCUUCCCGAUUCCGGGCACCUGAGCUUCUAUUCAGGCCAGACCUCAUCGGCGAGGAGAGUGAGGGCAUCCAUGAGGUGCUGGUGUUUGCCAUCCAGAAGUCUGACAUGGACCUGAGGCGCACGCUUUUCUCUAACAUUGUCCUCUCAGGAGGUUCCACCCUGUUCAAAGGUUUUGGUGACAGGCUACUGAGUGAAGUAAAGAAACUGGCUCCGAAAGACGUGAAGAUCAGGAUAUCUGCACCUCAGGAGAGACUGUAUUCCACGUGGAUUGGGGGCUCUAUCCUCGCAUCCCUGGACACCUUUAAGAAGAUGUGGGUCUCCAAGAAGGAAUAUGAGGAAGACGGUGCCCGAUCCAUCCACAGGAAAACCUUCUAAUGUUGGGACAACAUCUUCACCUUUCUCUGAAGUUAACUCCACUUUAAAACUCGCUUUCUUGAGUCGGAGUGUUUGCGAGGAACUGCCUGUGUGUGUGUGUGUGUGUGUGUGUGUGUGGAUGUGUGGGUACAGGUAUGUGCACCUAUGCGAGUGCCGUGUGGCCCAGGGAUCCCAGGGCCCAGAAAGGACGAUGAACUACCCAUGAUGGUGAUGGCCUGAGGCCUGAGGUUGACCACUAACUGGCCCCUGACAGGGAAGGAUGCUGGCAGAGGGCCCCACUCCUUCGUCUGCUGGGCCUUUGGCUGGCUGUGCGGGACUAUGUUUACUACCUAGUAUGGGGACACAAAGGGAGGCAGACCGGACCCCCGGGAGACCUUGCUGCUGCCCACCCUAGGCUGGCCAAGCCCCGCUCCCGCCCCUCCCACCCCCGGGGUGCCCUGAAGCCCAAGGCAGCUGCUGCCUCCCUUGCUCAUCAUUCUGUUCCUGAUGCCUCUCGAUCAUGGACUGCGGACUGGAACCGAGGUUGAGUUCUGUCUGGUUUUGAUUGCAGUUUGGGUUUGGGGGGCUGAAAAGGCUGUUACUGAGACUCCAGGGUCAGGAGAGGCCAGGGUGCUCUUAACUUUACCUGGGGGCCAGGACCAUACUGGGAUGUGAGGAGGGCAGGAGUAGUGCUAGGUUUUUUUGUUUGUUUGUUUUUAGUAGUGCUACUUUUGAUUGGCAGCAGAAUUAAUGUUCCAGUUCCAGGGGGGCUCCAGAGAGUUUAAGGAGCCUGCUGGCUCCAGGCCCUGUUACUUUUCAUCCGUCCUUGGGCAGUGCCAUCUUCAAACAGUUUUAUUUAUUGAAGUGUUUGUUCAGUAUGGAAACUGGAGAGAGGGAACUCAUUGCCUCCUGCCCACCAGUUAGCCACCCUGUUCAUACUAAUGUUUACAGCACCUAAUUAGCAUAGCCUCCAGGGCCCCACCACUCCCUGCUAAGGGUGAACUGACAGUAUCCAUAGGCUGAGGCCAUUUGGGAUCUGAGGCUACACUCCAACUCACUCCCACAAGCCUCUUUCUUUCUCCCUCAUCCACUUGCUCACUGCCCUGGAAUCAAAAGGUUGGUUGCUGGCUGGAUUUUCUGAAACAGGUGGUAGAAUCACUCUUUUGCAGAGGCCCUAGCAAAGGAGGGGUGUUGGGGAUCUAACUCCCUUAGGUUUGGAGAAAGAGCCGCAAUUAACCAAGUUGCCUUUUCCCCUAGCUGACCUGAGGGGCUAGGUUGUAGAAAUGAGAAGUCCCCCUCUGGGCUGAUUUUGUGCCAUUCUUGACUUUGGGCUUGUUUAGUUAGGGAGGGAAGAGGCCAGGCACAGGUGCCAGGAGCUGAUGGGCUCAGGCUCAUCCCUGGUCCAGUGGGCCCAGGCACCUACCCUAGAUUGGCCUCACCUAGCAGUGGUCCAAAGGCCCUUCAGCCCAGGUGGUACAAAGCUGGGUCUAGCAAAUGUUCACUGACACCCUCACCUGACACUAAGACCUGCCCCAGUCCCAGUUUCAGGCAGUAUUCUUCCCAUACCAUCCAACAACAACCAAAGGCCCCGCUAGGUGUGGGCCACAGCAGCAGAUGUGUGUGAAAGCGAUGUGGCGACCCCAAGGACUGCAGUGUGCUUAACCAGCUCACCUCCCUUCUUUUAGCCCAAGCCUGUCCCUCACACAGCCUCGCACAAACCACGUUGCCUGGUGGGGCCCAGUGUACUUAAAUAAAGUCCUUCCAAUAGACACAUCA